UUCGCAAGCUGGAGAUCUCGCGUCGAGGCUUCACUGCUCACCUGGUAAGCUCUCGGCUUCUUCGCAGGGGGGCCGCAAUUUUCCACCCACCUUCACUGCAAACCUCGUCUCUACAACUUCAGUCCUCGAUCAGUCCACGGGCAGAACAGACCAUCGCAUCUACUACUUGACCUAAAUCUCGCCCUUUGUUCCACCUGCAUGUGCAACUCGAUCUGUCCUCCGGAGAGCGUUGUCCUUCCGCAGACUCGAGGAUUCGAAGCGCAAUAACACUUCACUAUACCCAAUCUUUCCAUAUCAGGGCAACUCGAUCUUCCCCUCCCGUUUUCCUAUCUUCUCGACUAUCACACAUCUACCUCGACUCACCCCCUCAACCUUCAACCUGGCCGCCAUGGAAUCCAGCACGACCGGCGUUCCGCCGCCGAACCCUCCCAGCGUCGAAGCUGCGUACAAGCGCAAAUGCAUCGCGCUCAAGAAGCGCCUGAACGAGAUCGAAGCCGAAAAUGAACUGAUGCGCAUCCGCAACCAGCGCGGUCUGAAGUACGUCCAGAAAAUGCGCCUCGAGUCCUGCAUCCUGCUUGAGCGCCUGGCCAAGGUCACCGGCAUGCAAGACGAAGCCCACGCAGGAGUCAGCCCGGAGCUCCGCGCUCGCGCGGCCGCAUUGAUGUCGAACGCAGCAGCUCUGAAUGGCGCAGUGUCGAAUAUCGCCGGAGGAGGUGAGAACGGAACGGCCAGUGGGUAUAUAGAAGAUGAGACGGAAGGAAGUUCAGACGAACAGCCCCCGACGCCUCAAGAACGGCCGCUGCGAAUCAAACGCUCGCGAAAGUCCAAUGCCACCGGCCUCGAUGCCGAAGGCGAUGAGCCUACAACACACAAUAAUAACAACAUCAAUACAGAAUUGGCAUCCGGCGCCGCUUCAGGAACGGCCGAUUCUUCCCUUCCUGCUCUCGCGCCCGCCCCUUCUCAGGAGGAACUGACGUCUUCAUUCCGCGUACGCACUGGCAGUAACGGUUCUGCUAUCCAAGCUGCUGCCCAUAAUGAUAAUAACACGAGUAAUGGAACGGAGACGACCCCUGCACCAGCAGAUUCUGCGAACACAGCACCACCACCCCAUCCUGGGUCUUCGGUAGCUAUGGACGUGGAUACGAAGGAAGAACCGAAUGAAGGCUAGAUGAAAAAAAUUUGCCUUGUAUUUCUUACCGUUUUCUGUUUGCCUUUCUUUUUUGUUUUAUCUCUUUAUCCUGGCGCGGGAGGUGGUAAAUCAAGAAUAAUUUCUAUUUUUUUGUAUUUUUCUUUUUCCCUCGAGAAUUUUUUCUCUAUCGGCAUUUUUUCUUUCUUCCUACUAUUAUAGCAAUGGAAAUGGAGCUAUAUCACAUUGUUUGUCUUGUUGAGAAAAGACUUGAAAGCUAGUGAAAGGAAAGGGGAGCAAAUAUAAAACGAAAAAAGUUAUACAUCUAUUUCUUUGAAAUAUUCGG